CACAUAACUAAAUACUAAAUUUCACCUUCAAUUUCCCUAUUUCUGGUGAUUUGUCAGAUUCUUUAGUUUAUAUGCCGCAUGCUGGUAGUCCCCUUGACAUAGGAAACCAACACAAAGGCUUCCAUAGCUAGUUGUGACUUGUGAUGGAUGGACCACAGUUCAAGUUCUUUCUAUUUUUUUUUUACUUUUUGUACUCAUUGGCUUUUGAAUAUUCACAAGCAUUUCACGUUGUCAUUUACUUUAAUAAUAUUAUAAUAACUUCUAGCUGCUGCUAACUAUUGUUUGCUAGUCAGCACCUUCUCAUACUAUAUAUUUCGUAUUCCCCCUCCAUUCUUCGUAUAAAGCAAACUAAGGACUGUUAUAUGCACACCUGAAUUUGAGUUAUUUAGCAUUCAUGGAUUGUAUGGUAAUUGAAAUUUGCUUGACUAUAGCUCUUGACUUGGAGUUAUAUAAUCCAAACUAUCUUCACAGUAGUCUUUCUGCUCAAGAAGUCUUUGCCGGCUCAACCAGUGACUUUCACUUUUCUCUCUGCUUCCUCUCCAUUGAAUUCAGCUGAAAAUCAUUGUUGAUGUCCUCAAUGGGUGGUUCAGCUGAUGAAAAUCUUGAAACAAAAGAGAUGGAUGCGAGAAGUGUGUCAUCUUCACAUGGCCAGGAACCAUAUGUCCACAAGGUUGGAAUUCCUCCAAGACAAAACCUUUUCAAGGAAUUCCAAGCCACUGUGAAAGAAACAUUUUUUGCAGAUGACCCUCUCCGGUCCUUCAAAGAUCAAACUAAGUCCCGGAAGCUCAUCCUUGGCAUUGAAGCCAUUUUCCCCAUUCUUAGCUGGGGGAGAAAUUAUAGUCUCACAAAAUUUAGGGGGGAUCUUAUUGCUGGUUUAACUAUUGCAAGUCUCUGCAUUCCCCAGGACAUUGGAUAUGCAAAACUUGCUAAUUUAGAUCCACAGUAUGGAUUGUACUCCAGCUUUGUUCCACCACUGAUUUAUGCUGUCAUGGGUAGUUCUCGUGACAUCGCAAUAGGACCAGUGGCAGUGGUUUCUCUCUUGUUGGGGACUUUACUCCAGAGUGAGGUUGAUCCCGUUACAAAUGUAGUAGACUAUCAACGAUUAGCUUUUACUGCCACUUUCUUUGCUGGAAUUACUCAAGCAGUGCUUGGGAUUUUAAGGCUUGGAUUUUUGAUUGAUUUCCUAUCUCAUGCUGCAAUAGUCGGUUUUAUGGGGGGAGCUGCUAUCACAAUUGCCCUUCAACAGCUUAAGGGCUUCCUUGGGAUUGUAAAGUUCACAAAAAAAACAGAUGUUAUCUCUGUGAUGCAUUCAGUACUGUCGUCAGCCCAUCAUGGAUGGAAUUGGCAAACUAUAGUUAUUGGAGCUAGCUUUCUGGCUUUUCUUAUGUUUGCCAAGUAUAUUGGAAAGAAGAACCCGAAAUUCUUCUGGGUGCCAGCAAUUGCCCCAUUGAUAUCUGUUAUUCUCUCCACUAUUUUUGUAUACUUGACCCGUGCUGACAAGCAUGGUGUUGCAAUUGUAAAACAUAUAGAGAAAGGGCUCAAUCCUUCAUCUGUCAAGCAAAUUUAUUUUACUGGUAAUUACCUUGGGAAAGGUUUCAGAAUUGGCAUCGUGGCUGGCAUGAUAGCAUUGACCGAAGCCACAGCAAUUGGAAGAACAUUUGCUUCUAUGAAGGACUAUCAACUAGAUGGAAACAAAGAAAUGGUGGCAUUAGGAGCUAUGAAUGUUGUUGGUUCAAUGACUUCAUGUUAUGUAGCAACUGGUUCUUUCUCUCGGUCAGCAGUAAAUUUCAUGGCUGGUUGUGAAACUGCAGGAUCUAAUAUUGUCAUGUCUAUUGUUGUGUUCUUGACCUUGCAAUUCCUCACUCCCCUUUUCAAAUACACUCCAAAUGCCAUACUUGCUGCUAUCAUAAUUUCUGCUGUCAUCAACCUUGUGGAUUAUAAGGCAGCAAUUUUGAUAUGGAAGAUUGAUAAAUUUGACUUUGUUGCUUGCAUGGGAGCAUUUUUUGGAGUUGUUUUUGCCUCAGUUGAGAUAGGACUUUUAAUUGCAGUCUCUAUAUCCUUUGCAAAGAUCCUAUUACAAGUCACAAGGCCAAGAACUGCUAUUCUGGGGAAAAUCCCUAGGACUACUGUCUACAGAAACAUUCUACAAUACCCAGAAGCCACAAGGGUCCCUGGUGUACUGAUUAUUAGAGUUGAUUCUGCAAUAUAUUUUUCCAACUCCAACUAUGUUAAAGAAAGGAUAUUAAGAUGGCUGAUGGACGAGGAAGAACGAGUAAAAGGAGACUACCAAACAAGAAUCCAAUUUUUGAUAGUUGAGAUGUCACCUGUUACCGACAUUGAUACCAGCGGCAUCCAUGCCCUUGAAGAGUUAUUUAGAAGUCUUCAGAAGCGAGAUGUUCAGCUUGUUCUGGCAAAUCCUGGUCCAAUUGUAAUAGACAAGCUCCACACAUCAAACUUUGCUGCUUUUCUUGGUGAGGACAAGAUCUUCCUCACUGUUGCAGAGGCUGUUGCAUAUUGCUCUCCAAAGCUGGCUGAAGACCCUUGAAAAGAAAUAUUGGAAAAAUGUGAAUUUGCCAUCGUUAGGAUAGGGAAAACGAGGUGAAGAAAUGAAGUGGGGGGUGUUAGAGAUCAAUCGACCUGUGGCUUUCAGCUUGCAAGAGAUGGUCACUACAAAAAGUUGUCACAAAUUACAAUACCUUUGUGCUGGUUGGUGCUAUGGGGUCCCUAUCCUAUAAGGUGAAAAUAGAAGAUAUAUACAUAAAGAUAAAGGUGCGCUUGUUGUGCGCUCCAAUAAGCAUUAAUUCAGUAUCUGGUUUGUGUUAUCAGCUCCAUUGUCUAUAUCAGAAAUGGUCUCUUUUUCCAUCGUUAUGUUGUACUCAAUGAAAAUUAUAGCUUCAUUAAGGAAAGUUUUCAUCCCCCUUUCUUGCAAAUUUUCCGUUUUCCUUCCAUUUUGUGAUUGUAAAUGUAAAGGUUUGGUUUGAGCUAUAGGUAAUUGUAGUAGUAGUAGUUCAAGACAAGAUUAAUGCAGCAGGUACAUUAUGUUUUUCA